AGGAGGCUACGCUCAUUACAAUUAUUUUCCUUUUGGACUGUCAGAGAUGGGCUGUCUGCUUUACUAUUUCAUGCUCUCCUUAUCUGCUUCUCUUUCCACCCAUGGUAAUUGAGGGUGGCUGUAGGCCAGUAAAAGUCCGGAGUGAGUGGGGGGGGGGGGGGUGUGGAGAGGAAGAAGGACAGAAACAGAGGAGACAGAGAGAGCUGCUGGAAAGGGCAGGCUUUCAUUGAGCAGAGAAACGUGCACUUCUCCAGAAAUUCAGUUUCUGUGGACCCAGGGCUGUGUGCAGUAUUGAUCACUGGCUCUCAAUGAGAGGAUUACUGGGAGUUCACACAAGGGCUUGGACGCUGACUGGUAACUUUAUGCUCACCGUGUCAUUUUUGUGAGUUCUUAUACCCCAUUUCAUCUCUAACUCCAUGAGCAUGAACAUAACCAUCACUGUCAUCCACUGUAAUGCAACCUGUACUCCACUAUAAUGGAAUAAUGUGCACAAUUGGAACUUGGUACUGCUGCAUAAUGGGUUACAAAGCGACAUCCAUGCAUUGUGUCUUACGAUGCCUGUGCUUCAUGCUUCUCCAUUUGUUUAGUGCAGCUCAAGAUGAAGACUUAAGAAGUUGUAGGACUGCACCAUGUGAUUUGGUCUUUAUUCUGGAUGGCUCGUGGAGUGUUGAAGAUGUCAAUUUCGAGAUAGUAAAGCGAUGGCUUGUCAACAUAACAACAAGCUUCAACAUUGGACAGAAGUUUACCCAGGUUGGAGUCGUUCAGUACAGCGAUGACCCUAUUUUGGAGAUUCCUCUGGGGAAGUACUCCUCCAACAAAGACCUCAUCAAAGCGAUGGAGUCCAUUGAGUACAUGGGGGGAAACACAAGGACAGGGGCAGCCAUCAAGUUUGCUACAGACAAGCUGUUUGGCCUCUCUGAGCGUGGCCCAUCAGGCAUUUCCAGAAUUGCUGUUGUCCUCACAGAUGGCAAAUCUCAAGAUGAGGUUUUGAAAGCAGCAGAGGCAGCAAGGAAAAAAGGAGUAAUUCUGUUUGCAAUUGGUGUUGGGUCAGAGACAGAAGGGUCUGAGUUGAAGGAUAUUGCAAACAAGCCAUUUUCAACUUAUGUCUUCUCUGUCGAGGACUACAAAGCCAUAUCCAGGAUCAUACAGGUCAUACGACAGAAACUGUGUGAAGAGACUGUGUGUCCAGCAAGAAUCCCUAUAGAUUCUCGUGAUGAGAAGGGUUUCGAUAUUCUCUUACAUCUAAAUUUGGCCAAAAAGGCAAAGAAGACACAAGGGACAUAUUAUGGCACUAGGGCCUAUGAGGUGACAUCUCGACUUGACUUGAGUGAAGCUACACGGACACUUUUCCCUGAUGGGCUGCCUCCGUCAUAUGUUUUUGUGGCCACACUGAGGUAUAAAGGAUCAGUGGCAAUAGAGGAGUGGGACUUGUGGAGAAUACAGACACGUGAUGGGAAACCACAGAUGGCAGUGACUCUAAAUGGACUGGAUCGCACCAUCAUGUUCACCACAACCAGUGAAGCAUCAAGUGGAACUCAGACGGUUACAUUUUCACAACAGACAGCAAGGCUGUUUGAUGAGAAAUGGCACCAGCUACGGCUGCUGGUCACUGAGGAGGAUGUCACUCUUUAUGUGGAUGAUCUGGUCAUUGAAACCCUGGCCUUGGAGCCCCCUGUUGGCAUUUUCAUCAAUGGAAAAACUCAAGUUGGAAAAUAUGUCAGAAAAGAAACGACAGUGCCAUUUGAGAUACAGAAACUUCGCAUCUACUGUGACCCUGAGCAGAAUAACCGUGAGACUGCAUGUGAGAUUCCUGGAGUUUGCUCUAACAGUCCUGAUUACACCGAACCAACCCAAGAGCCUUGUAGUUGUCCUCCCGGACCUCCUGGAACUCCAGGAAUAAAGGGAGAACAAGGAAAUGCUGGCAAACCUGGUCAGCCUGGACCUGCUGGUGCUGAUGGUAAGCCUGGUAUCCCUGGAAUUAGAGGAAGUCCAGGGCUGCCAGGUUCACCAGGAAUAGAGGGGCCGCGUGGGCAAGAUGGGUACAAAGGCGAGCAAGGGAGGCCUGGUGUUUCGGGUGAGAGGGGUAUGCCUGGAUUACCAGGACUGCCUGGAAAACCAGGAGAGAAGGGCUCAAAAGGAUUACCAGGAAUCACAGGAAUACCAGGAAAAGUUGGUCAAACGGGAGAAAAAGGAAGUAUAGGACCUCCAGGGCCACGGGGUUAUCCAGGAGAACCUGGUCUACCUGGGAGAGAUGGAAAAGAUGGAUUUCCAGGGAGACCCGGUCUAAAGGGAGAAGUUGGGGCCAGUGGUAUUCCUGGUGUUGAUGGAAGGGAAGGCCAUCCCGGAAUGCCUGGAUUACCAGGAAUUGCAGGCCUUAAUGGACAAAAGGGUGAAGCUGGUUUCCCUGGACCUAAGGGCUUCAAAGGAUCGACUGGACCACCUGGUGAGAUGGGUUUACCUGGUGCCCCUGGUUUAACAGGACCAACCGGGCCCAAGGGGAGUAAAGGCGAAGCGGGAAGUCCAGGUGUACAAGGAACACCAGGGCUUGCGGGGAGUCCAGGGGAAGCAGGAGGAGCAGGUCAGCCAGGGCACCCGGGCAUGCCAGGCCUGACGGGCAGCAAGGGACAAAGAGGAAAUCCAGGUGAAAGAGGAGAGGCGGGAAUGAAAGGUGAAAAAGGAGAGUCUGGUCAACCAGGGCAUCAUGGCUCCACUGGACCAAUGGGGCAAAAAGGGGAGAAAGGGUCAACAGGGGAACCAGGACAGAGAGGUCAAGAAGGUCUAAUGGGACGGCCUGGACAGUCGGGUCAGUCAGGCCGACCUGGGCCUCGAGGGUUGACGGGGGACACAGGUCUACCUGGCCCACCUGGACCGGAAGGAAGACCUGCAACUGAAAUGUCAGACAGUCGCAUUCGACAAAUCUGUAGAGAGGUUCUUCAGUCGGAGCUGCCUUUGUUAUUGCUUGGCAACCAGCAGAGUAGCUGUACCACAUGUCAAAGCCAGCCUGGAUCUCCUGGUCCUCCAGGCCCAAGAGGGUCCCAGGGACUCAGGGGUCUUACUGGAAUUACUGGCCCCAGGGGACAGCCAGGCCACUCAGGUCGGCCAGGGCACCCUGGUAUUAACGGGCUGAAAGGAGAACCAGGUUUAGAUGGUGAGAAGGGGAGCCCUGGGCGAACCACUGUUGGAGACCAAGGACCACCUGGGCUGCCAGGUCCAAUGGGUCCCCCAGGGUACAGUAAGCCAGGUAAGCCUGGGCCCCCUGGUCUAAACGGAGCAGAGGGUAAACAUGGUAGUCCUGGCAUCCCUGGGCAGCCUGGGGUGUGUGAUCCAUCCAUGUGCUAUGGUAGCAUGAUGAGGCGGGAUCCUUACAGCAAAGGGCCAAUCUAUUGACGUAAUGCAGCAUCACUGCAGUCUAGAGCUGACGUGGAACAAACAGCCAUUCUCAGGAAGAUCUCACCUUUACAGUUUCUCUCCAUUGUGGAAACAAAACGGACCUCUUCUAACACCCUUUAUGUGAUCUCAGAAAGUCAACUGAACUAGAUCCCAUCAUAUUUUUUCUAUUGGUAAACAUGCUUUGAGGUUUUAAUAGUGUUAAGACAAUUAAUAGUUGUCUCUUUUAAUGCCUCCUUUUUUACCCAUACUGCCCCCUGGUGUUGCUUCCUUUCAUGUAGCUGGUACAUUGGUUGGGUGCUAUAUGUUCUGUAAUAGAAACACAUAAAUUCCAUGUCCAGAAAAUUAUUUAUCCAUAAAGUACGUCUGAAAUUGGCAUGUUUCAGCACAAGACUGUGAGUUUGAUUUCCUGUAGCUGAUUGUGAGCUGCUGUAAGCCUGUUUUCCUGAAGCUUUCAGUUUGACUGUUGAGCACUUAACUCUUUAUGAAAUCCUUUUACAACAGCUAAUAUUGUGUAUAUUGUGUAUUCCCCCCACUACACAUUCAUUCUCAAGUCAUUUUAUUCCAAUUAGAAAGUUAAAGUUUCACCAUCCACAAACAUGGUGACAUUUUAGUUUGAAAUUUUAUGUCAUUUAUGCUCCCGAGGUUUUCAUUACUGUAGAUAUUUUGUUGUUAUUUAUAAGAGUCAUAACUGUUACAGCAAUGACAUGUCGUAAACAGCUUUUGUAAGUUUAUUAUUUUGUGUUAAAGUGACUUUUGUAUGAAUCUUUCUCCUCUUUUUUAAAAAUUAGAAUUAAAAUAUCAUAAUGAUUUGUGAACUUA